AUGGAAAGCAGCGGAACGUCACCUUUGGCAGCUGUUCAUGAAGAACCGGUGGCGACAUGUCCCUGUGACGUUCCAUUGGAGGGAAGCAGAACGUCGGAUCCCACAGCAGCUUCUGAAAAGCCGAUGGCGGAACCAAGCCCCGGGGAUGUUCGAAUGGAAGGCAGUGGAACGUCACCUUCGGCAGCUGCUCAUGAACAACCGAUGGCGACAAGCCCCUGUGGUAUUUCACUGGAGGGUACCAGCGCGUCACAUUCCAUAGCGGCCUGUGAGCAAAUGGGGAUGGCCAGCUCUCCUGGCCAGCUUUUGGACCACAGCACUCCAUCUUCGUCUGUUGGCUAUUAUGAAUCAUCUGGAACCUGUGAGUAUAAAUUGACUUCUCUACAGAUUUAA